CGCCUCUUUAAAUGCGGAUAUGCUGGUAUGUCGUGGCUACUGCAUGCUGGAAGCUUAGCUGCUCAGUCCAGCACACAACAGUUACACAACAACACAGAAGCGAGUACUAACAGUACUGCUGAGGCUAGGCCAGUGUGGAAGAAGCUUGCCCUGUGAAAGAUGAUCCCAUGGAAGGCUUUGUCUGGUCUGCUGCUGCUCGUCAGCUCCCUGCAGCAGCAGACCUGGGCGAAGGAAUCGAAGGGCCACGUUUCGGUGGUGAUAGUCGGGGCCACGGGAGACCUGGCCAGGAAGUAUCUGUGGCAGGGCUUCUUCCAGCUCUACGGGGAGCAGGUGAGCAGCGGGCACAGCUUCAGCUUCUACGGUGCAGCCCUUUCCGAGCCCGAGAAGGGCAACCCGGCCAUGUCUGAGAUCCUCAAGGGGCUGGCUUGCCCAGCCGACGUUGCCCCCGAAAGGUGUGCCUUACUGAAAGACCAGUUCUUGAAACUGUCUCAGUAUCGGCAGCUGCAGACAGCAGAGCACUACGCCGCUCUCAAUGCCGAGAUCCAGGAGCAGCUGAAGCAGGAGGGGCUGGUGGAAGCAGGCAGGCUGUUCUAUUUGUCUGUGCCGCCCUUCAGCUACGCGGACAUCGCCGAUAAGAUCAACAGCAGCUGCCGGCCGUACCCCGGUGUCUGGCUGAGGGUGGUGCUGGAGAAACCCUUUGGGCACGACUAUGAAAGCGCCCUGCAGCUCUCCAAGGAUCUCAAGAAGUUCCUGAAAGAGGAGGAGAUGUACAGGAUAGACCACUAUCUGGGAAAGCAGGCUGUUACUCAGAUUCUUCCAUUUAGGCAUGAAAACAGAAAAUUCUUGGAUCCUAUAUGGAAUAGGCAUCAUAUUGAGAGAGUGGAAAUAGUCAUGAAGGAAACUGUGGAUGCAAAAGGUCGCACUCACUUUUAUAACCAGUACGGUGUCAUUCGGGAUGUGAUUCAGAAUCACCUGACGGAGAUCCUGACGUACGUUGCCAUGGAGAUCCCAGUUAACAGAAGCAGCUCCGAAGAGAUUCUUAAAAGCAAACUGAAGCUCUUUGGGUCUUUACAGAGGCUUGGUAAAGGAAGCACAGUGAUUGGCCAGUACCAGGCCUACAACUCCGAGGUCAACGAGGAACUGAACAGGACCGCAGAGCACAUAAGCAUCACUCCAACUUUUGCGGGUGUUGCGGUGCACAUUGAAAAUUCCCAGUGGGAUGGCAUCCCGUUCAUACUGACCUCGGGCAAGGCUCUGGAUGAGAGAGUUUCGUACGUUCGUGUCCUCUUCAGGAACCAGGUGUUCUGCACCCAAAACGUUUUGAGUGUCCACUGUAAGCCCAAGCAAAUCAUCUUCCACAUCGGCCAGGGCAAUUUAAAAUACCCAGCUUUUCUGGUCAGCAAAAAUCUUUUCAAACCUCAGUUGCCAUUGAGUGGGUGGAAGGAGGUCACUGAAUAUGUGAAUGUCAGCAUGUUUGGUCAGCCGUUAUCGGAGUACUAUGUCUAUACUCCUGUGGCACAGAUGGAUGCCUAUGCUGUGUUGAUAUCUCACAUCUUUCAGGCCAAGCGGGACAGUUUCGUGAGCACUGAGAACCUGUUGGCGUCAUGGAAUUUUUGGACGCCGUUGCUUGACGGCAUAUUGCACGAGUACCCUCGUGCUUAUCCAGGUGGAGCGGAUAACGCAAACCUGCUGGACUUUGAACUUCAAGGUAAGAAGGUUUCAUUCGUUCAUGAAGCUGUGGUGCUGUUGUCUCCCGUCCAAGGCGGAGCGUCUUCUGAGAGCUUUCAGAUCACCCAGGGGAAGUACAGAACGAACGAGAUGGUGUCAGCCUGGGCUGAAGAGCUCGUGUCAAGGCUGGCUUUAGAUCUUCAUAUGGCUGCGGAAGAAGCAGUGAAACAGAGCGGCCAGUUCCACUUGGCUCUUUCUGGAGGGUCCAGCCCCAUCGCUUUGUUUCAGAGGCUUGUGCUGCACCAUUACACGUUCCCUUGGAAGGAGACUCAUUUGUGGAUGGUGGAUGAACGCUGUGUCUCGCUAACUGACCGAGGCUCGAACUUUAAGAACCUUCAUGACAACCUUCUUCAGCACAUCAGGGUCCCCUACUUCAACAUCCACCCCAUGCCGGUCCUUGUGAAUCAAAGGCUUUGCGUCGAGGAGGACGGCGGACCCGAGUCUUAUGAGAAGGAAAUGUCCAGGUUAAUAAACGGCACGAGCUUGGAUUGGGUUCUGUUGGGGGUCGGAGACGACGGUCACACGGCCUCGCUGUUCCGGGGCUGCAAGUUCGACACGCUUGAAAACAAGCUGGUAGCCUUGACGGAAAGCCCAUUCAAGCCCCAUCAGAGGAUGAGCCUUACUUUCUCUGCCAUCAACAAAGCCAAAAACGUACGAGUCAUAGUGCUGGGGAAGGGAAAGCACGAAAUGGUAACGCAGCUAAGCAGGGUGAAAGAUGAUCCGAAGAAGUGGCCAAUAACUGGAGUGAAACCAUCCAACGGGAAGCUGGUGUGGUACAUUGAUUAUGAGGCUCUUCUGGGGUAAUUAAUGAAAGUAGUGGAUUUUAGUGAGCGGUAUCAAAAGGUGGUUGCCUUGAAUCUGUGGAUCUCUUAACCUGGUUAUGCUUUCAUUUACAGGUCCCAUAUAUGGAAUCAUUUUAUGAAAAAAAGUCACGAUAGAGCCAAUUAAGCAGUAGGUAAUCAUUUCAACUCAUUGAACUCAUGUCAAGAUGUAAUUUCAUGGUAAUGUAAUACCCCUGCAUUACAUGGUUACUAAUGAGAUACCAAGUGUUGCUAAAAUAAAUACCUACUGUAGUGGUGUUGUUAAUUAGUUAUCACCUCAUUGUUUGCUAUGUGAUCUGUACCCUGUAACUAAAAGUAUUUUUUUUUAUUAAAAGGUUGUGCUCUAGGAAUAAUUAUAAAGCCCCAGAUUGUGUGUCUUACAGUGAUGCAAUUUCAAAUAAGUCUCCUGAUGUGUACAACAGAAGCUGAUGUAAAAAAAAAAAAAAAAAAAAAAAAAAUGGGUUGUUUGCAUCUUUUGAAUCUUUACUGUGUACUGAAACCUGUAUAGUGUAGACUAGCAGUGUCAACUUGACUUGAAAUAUCUAUGCAAUUUACUGUCACUGCCAGAUCUAUGGUCUUUUUUUAAAUUUUUUAUACCUAAAUCCCAUGUUACUAGUUAGGGUUCAAACUAAAUCAAAGUUACUUUCUGGACAAAUAAGAAAAAAAGACUGAAAUUAGUCUGAAAGUUUUAACUUUUAUAUGUUGAAAAAUUGUGAAUGUUAGAAAAUGAAUGUGGAAAAAUGCAUUUAUGCUGGGGCAGAUUAUUUGAAGGUAAUGUUUGAUAAGGAUUUUAAUGAGGUGUGGGGGGCAGGGACAAGGGCUGGGACUGUAUUCUGUGGCUUGAAGCAAUGCAUUUGAAAUCUUCUGUGACUGGAUAAAUGCUGUUUCCCAUGAUGCAGCGCCACCAGCUUGGAACAGCUUAUCUGACCUGAUAUAAUGCUCCAUUUCUCUAAAUGAAGGCUCAAGACCCAGGGGCAGUACUGUGCACACCGCACAUGGCUACAAGCUGUUGAGUUCUGAUUUGCAAGACAAAUCACAGAAGUAUGCAGUAAUAAAAAAGAAGGGUGUGCACUUUUUACAAACCGUGCUUAACUUUAACCUCUGUCAAACGCAUUAUGGAAAAAUGGCACUACCUCUAUAUUUGAUUGCUGAGAGGAUUAAACUGAUUUUGACAUGCUAGGUUGGUAACGUUUUAGGUUUUUGUUGAAAUGCA